GCCCGGCUGCCAGCUCCGGCCGGCUUGGGGACCCAUCGUCUAGGCAUGGCACUGUCCUGGGCCCUCACUGCCCUGAGCCUCCUUCCCCUGCUGGAAGCCCAGAGCCCGGGGUGUGCCAACCUCACGGCGAGGCCUAUCACCAACGCCACGCUGGAGCAGAUCUCUGGCAAGUGGUUUUACAUCGGCUCGGCCUUCCGUGACCCGGAGUUCAAUCACUCGGCUAGAACGAUCCACGCGGCCUUCUUUUACUUUGACGUCAACCAUACAGAUGACACAAUCCUGCUCAGAGAGUACCUAACCAUUGGGAACCAGUGCGUCUAUAACAGCAGCUUUCUGAAUGUCCAGCGGGAGAAUGGGACCGUGUCCAAAUACGAGUCUGGCAAAGAAAACUUUGGCAUACUCCUGCUCACCAAGGAUCCUGAGCUCUUCAUGCUUGGCUUCUCCCUGAAAGACGAGCAGCGCAAGGGGCUAUCGUUGUACACCAGGAAGCCCGAAGUGACCCAGGAGCAAAUGACGGUGUUCCACGAAGCUCUCACAUGUGUGGACCUGCACAAGUCGGAGAUCGCGUACACCAAUGAGAAAAAGGAUCUGUGUGGGCCGGUGGAGAAGCGGCACAAGGAGGAGAGGCUGAAGGAGCAGGAGGCAGACACGACGCUGGGCUAGGACCCUGGGGACAGUGGGGCCCAUCCCCAGCCCUACGCCCCCACCCUCUGGACAUCUCAGGUUUUGGUCUCAGUUGCAUCAAUAAAGCUUCUGCAUUUGUAACAGGCA